GCUCUUCACCCACGCGUUCUCAAUCGCUGCUCCAUCUGAUCUGUUCUCUUCACCUAUCCCACACCCACCGCAAAAAUGACUGGAGGCAAAUCUGGAGGCAAGGCCAGCGGCAGCAAGAACGCGCAAUCGCGCUCGUCCAAGGCCGGUCUCGCGUUCCCCGUUGGACGUGUCCACCGUCUUCUCCGCAAGGGCAACUACGCCCAGCGUGUCGGUGCUGGUGCCCCCGUCUAUUUGGCUGCCGUGCUCGAAUAUCUCGCUGCCGAGAUUUUGGAGUUGGCUGGUAACGCUGCCCGUGACAACAAGAAGACUCGUAUCAUCCCUCGCCACCUGCAGCUCGCCAUCCGCAACGAUGAGGAACUGAACAAGCUCCUUGGCCACGUCACCAUCGCACAGGGUGGUGUCUUGCCCAACAUUCAUCAAAACCUUCUUCCCAAGAAGACCCCCAAGGCCGGCAAGGGCGGCGCUAGCCAGGAGCUUUAA